AUUUUACAUAAAUCAUAUAUCCAGAAAAAAAAAAAAUACCCCACAAAAAUUCUCUCCUUUACCAUUAAUAUCACCUUUCAAAGACCCCCGCUAUGGCCACAGCUUCACCAAUAGCGACCCAGAUAUCCACACAUUUAAGCACAACGAAGCACAUGAUACCAUCAACAAAUUGGCUGGCUAGCUUCAUAUCCUCCCAAAGACCCACUACUCCUCUUGCUGCGCUUAAACAAACCGCCCUUUUCCGCCUCCUGGCGUCAGACAUCACUCAAUCUCUCUCCAAGGACAAUUCAGCCACAUUAUUCCCGCCAGACAUUCACAAUGCUCAAAUACAAGAGCGCAAUCUGGCAGGUCCAAUCGCAGUGCAGGUUCUAGACAUCGAGGACAUGGGGCGUAGUCGCUGGAGUCAGGUUGAAGCCCUAGAAGCAGCAGAACGCGGGGAGUAUAUGAAAGGCCGAGAAAUCAUUCGUGUAAUUCCAGGCGAAGUCGAGCUUGAAGGUGGAGAUGCUGGAGGUGGACUGGAUGAGAAUAUAUCAGCUCGAGAGCCAAGCGAUGUCAAUGGUUCUGGAGGUAGAGGAGGAGCUUCCGCCACGGAUGGAGCGGUAUUAAAAAGUCGUGGUCCGCAUAAAUUACUCCUGCAGGAUGCGCGGGGAGUAAGAGUUUAUGGAAUAGAGCUGAAGUCCAUAGAUGGAGUCGGAAUUGGCAUGGGCAUCGGGACGAAGAUGGUCCUACGCGAUGUGGUGGUUGCGAGAGGGACAGUGCUUCUAGGCCCAAAGCAAGUCAUGCUCUUGGGAGGCAAAGUCGACGCGUGGCACAAGGCAUGGAAAGAGAAGAGGAAAGAACGCUUACUGGCAGCUAUUGCUGCCGAAGAAGAGGGAAGAUAAGAAACUUCACUGGUGCUUUUCUUACGAGAGGCGGGAUACACAGAUGUAUGGCU